CGUCUACGUGGAACGUCUAAGGAAGGAACGCCGACGGAGACUCAAGAUGGGGGUAAAAAGCCUGUUGGAACGCCGACGGGCGGCGUUCCAGAAGUGGUUGCUGGUGAGACCGUGCGACCAGUAGUGGAGGGAACAACUCGGCGAGGGCGCCGAGGGUCGGUCGGGGAGAAUUGUCACGGUCUACAGCUAGGAGGAGGUCUCGCCAUUCUCGCGGACUGCAUCCAGAAGGUCUGCUCAAUACAGGGUCAAAGAGCUACAUCCGACAAGACAGGACAAGAGGAGCAGACGUCGGCGUUCCACGUCUAG